AAAGGGGGCUGGCAUUAAUGCUAGAUAACCAUUCAAAAGCAACAGAGGGAAAGUAACUUCCCUUGUCCAUCAUAUCACCUCACGGAGAGACAUCAGCAGCCGAAUCAGCAGCACCAAGCUCCCACUAUAAGCUCCCAAGAUGGCCCCUGUCUCCAUAAAGACUGUACUCAUCAGUGAAAGUGUGGACCCCCGCUGUAGGGCCAUACUGGAGGAAAAUGGCAUCCAAGUGACGGAGAAACAGAACAUGAAGAAGGAUGAACUAAUCGCUGAGAUAAGGAAAUACGAUGGCCUUGUUGUAAGAUCUGCAACAAAAGUAACAGCUGAUGUCAUCAAUGCUGCUGAUAACCUCAAAAUCAUCGGGAGAGCGGGGACCGGUGUCGACAAUGUGGAUGUUGAUGCAGCCACCAAGAAGGGUAUCAUUGUCAUGAACACACCGAGUGGCAACACAAUCAGUGCUGCAGAGCUUACAUGCACCCUGCUGAUGAGCCUCUCAAGACAUGUGCCGCAAGCUGCAAUGUCGAUGAAGCAAGGCAACUGGGAUCGUAAAAAGUUCAUGGGUGCAGAGUUGUACGGAAAGGUGCUUGGAAUAGUCGGGCUUGGAAGAAUAGGAAAGGAAGUCGCCUCAAGAAUGCAGUCAUUUGGCAUGAGGACUAUCGGCUACGAUCCAAUCACUCCUUCUGAGGUGUCGGCCAGCUGGGGGGUUGAGCAGAUGUCAUUGGAGCAGCUCUGGCCGCUUUGUGACUACAUCACUGUCCAUACUCCUUUGAUGCCCUCUACUGUUGGCUUGCUCAAUGAUAAAUCAUUUGCAAAAUGCAAAAAAGGAGUGAAGGUUGUGAACUGUGCACGAGGAGGUAUCAUUGACGAGGCUGCUCUCCUCAGAGCUCUGCAGACUGGACAGUGUGGAGGAGCGGGGCUUGAUGUCUUUGUUGAGGAGCCUCCUGCGGACCGCGCACUGGUUGAGCACCCCAAUGUCAUCAGCUGUCCUCACCUGGGGGCCAGCACAAAGGAGGCUCAGGCUCGCUGCGGGGAGGACAUCGCUCUGCAGAUUGUAGACAUGGUGAACGGCGCAAAGCUGGUUGGAGCAGUAAAUGCUCAGGUUUUGGCCAGCACAUUUUCCCCAGAGUCUCACCAGCUGAUCAAACUGGGCGAAGCUGUGGGAGCCGUGCUGCAGUCAUGCACUACUGCUGAGAAACCGUUCAGUCAUGUCGUAAUCACUACUCAAGGUGAUUGCAUGAAGUCCUCCACUGGUUACAUGACUUCUUCUGUCCUGGUCGGGCUCUUGAAUCACAAAUCAGGCUGCUGCCCAAAUCUCAUCAACGUUCUGAGCCUUGCUAAGGAGUCUGGAAUCACGGUAAACCAGAGCCACUGUGUGUCCGAUGGCGCCAGCAGCGGUGUGUGUAAGGUGGAGAUCAUGUCCAAUGGCUGCAGCUUCAAAGCCACCGGUUCAGUUCAAGGUGGUAUGCCAGUGCUGCUGGAGCUGAGCGGCAGUGCGUUCAGACAGCCCGUUUCUCUGACUGGAAAUAUGCUUUUCUUCAAGGCCUCUGCAAAUCCUCAGCUCCUGUCCUCAGUGGCUGGACGUCUGGCCUCAGAGGGAGUGGAGAUUGAGUCUUUCAGCGCUCCUGCAGACCGCACCGGGGAUCUGUGGUAUUGUGUUGGGGUCUCCUCCCUCCUGCGUGACCUCAGUGCCUUGAAGCCUCUGGUGAAGGAAGCAGCACAGCUCGCCAUUUAAAUGGCAGUCAUCUGAAAAAAAAAAGUUCUCAUUCUCAAUGACCCAUCAUGGUCCCUGCGUUUACAACUAACAACUUGUUUAGAAGUUGAAUUUUUGAUAACAUUCCAGUGUUUAGGUUGUUUACAUGCACUUUGAAUUACAUAAGUAAAUCUCCAUUAAAUGUUUCGUUUGUGUGCUGUUCACUUUAUUGUUUGACCUUUUUAAGCAGAGAUGUAAAAUAAUAAAGUACACUUACUUUAAAUACUGUAGAACUUUUGAGCUACUGUCCCCUAAGUGUUAAUUCCUUUAGUGAAGUUCACACUCUCACCUCUCCAGAUUCAUAGAGAUUGUACUUCACUAAAUUGAUGGUCUGUAAAGCACACCUGUACAGUUUAAAUGCAAUCCAAUACAGCAGCCCAGUAAUAAAACCUUAAAGUGCCAUUUGGUCAAGAUCA